AUGGGCGCUCAAGAUGACAAGAGGCGGCCCGCCGCCCUCAACCUAACACCUACCCGAUCAGCGUCCACGGACUCAUCUUCAUCGGAGUCGUCACUGAAAGCCCCCCGAACCCCUCGCUUUGCAGAAGCCACAUCGGUUCACUCUCCUGUUGAAGGCACCCGAUCGCCGUUCGCCGACCCUCCUGCGAGAUCAGAAGUACCACAGUCCCAGCCUGGCGACAUUGGCUUCGGCUACAUUAGUAACAAUGACAACCGCGAGUCCGUUGCCGUCCCCAUGACGCCCAGAUCACCACUCAAGAGCGCCAUGAGAGUGCCGGGAACGCCCGCGCGUAAGAUCGAGAACCCUCUGAGCCCAACUUUCCGCGAGGAGGACAUCCUAGAAAAACGUGAAGCGGCAACCGACAAGGAGCAGGCUCGUGAUCUGAAAAUCAAGACCCGUGUCCGUAUGGCAAAGUUCGCUCUUCGAGGCGUCAAUUUUAGCUGCAGCUUGAUCAUCAUCUCGAUGCUGGCUGCGACCCUGCAGAUCUUCAACGCUACCAGGAAACUUCCUGCCCAGAGCAGCUUGCCUCCGUGGGCUGAAGGGACCGCUAUCUGGCCGCAAGUUCUCGUUAUUACCAUGGCUUCUAUCUCACUCGCUGUCUGUAUUGGUGUGUUCAUCGCCUAUUGUCGCGGCGGACACAGACGGGCCGAGAAAGUUGCGACCUACUACACCCUUUUCGCUAUCGGAUGGUUCGUCCUCUCUAUGAUUCUCUGGGCUGUCGCCGCUGGCAUCUUCCAGUCGAGCCGUAACCAAGGUGGCGGAAAGGACAUGUGGGGAUGGAGUUGUAAGCAAAACAAGCGCGCCGAGGUCUUCGGCGAGAAGGUUGAUUACGCCCUCCUCUGCCGCCUACAGAACUGGGCCCUCAUUUGCAUGGUCAUUGAAAUCGUCAUCGACGUCAUUUGCGUGCUUCUUUACAGCAUUGUCUUUUACCGCUACUAUACCAAGCGCCGCCUCCACAAGUCCAUGGACAUGCGCGACCGCGCCCGCUCCGACCUAUACCUCGCCCAGCUCCGCACUCAGUCCGCCCCCAACACUCCCGGUCUCAAGUCCCCUGGCCUCUACUCGCAGUACACAAUGUCUCCUCGCCAUCCAGAGAAGACUUUCGAGAACCUGUCCCGCAUCGAGGAGGCCUCUCCAUUCACUCCGGGAACCCGUUUCGUUGAACCUGAGUCUAGCUUCGCCAAGCCCAAGCCGGCUUUCAAGCUCCAGGCUCCCCCAAUCAAGGCUCCUUCUGCGACACCGAAGAGCAACCAGAGCGGGUUCACGCCCACCUCGGCGACUGGCCCUGUGCCUAACUUCCCUCCCGUGCAGCAGCAGCAACUGCAAGAACAACCCCAGCAUGCGCCGAUGGCUGCUGACGAGCCUGUUUACGAAGCUGUGCCGAUUCCGGGCGCUUAUGCCGACGCGCCUGUGAAGAGCCCGCCGCCGCAUCAGUUUUCUUUUGGGCAGGCGAGAUGA